GGUUGGCGCAGUUUUGGCGUUGGCGAUUUGAAUGAAGAGGGAAGACGCCGUUUAAACGUCCUGGACCCCGGCGAUGGACAACGGUAGCGUGGAGGAGACGGCCGCCGCCCUGGUCAGGGAAUAUCUGAGCCGCAAGUGUUGGGAUGUGCCAAUAUGCUUUUAAACAUUAAAGACACGAAGUAUCUGACUCAUAGUGGAUAGAAAAGAGCCAAAAGAGAAGAAGGAAGUUGGAAUUAUCUACAAGAGAAAAAUUAUACAACAAACCAAUGGAGCCAGUGGCUGACAAGUCCUCUGAAUUGAAUUGACUUUAUUACUUACAUUCUUCAGAUACAUGUGGAGGUUUAAAGAAGACGAUCUCUGCCAUGGACCAGGAACUUCCACGCUCAGAGGGCAGCAUUAACACGCGAAAUGAGCUCAAGAGAGUACUGCACCUCGAUUCCCUAUACAAACAGAACAAGGCUCAAGUGGUGCCUCUAAAGACAAUGCUUGAAAUAAUCACCAAAUACUUGUUGGAUUCUUCUGAAAAUACAAAGAAUUUAGCACGGGACAAUCUUCGAACGCCAGCUAUAGUAAGCCAGCGAGCCACAGCUGUCCGCUUUGACAGUACCUUGGUUAACAUCUACGACAUCUCUGAUGAAGACAAAGGGGGGACUGUACCAUUUCAUGAUCUGAAUAAAAUGGAGUCUUGCAGGUUCUCAAAUGAUUCAGCCAAUUUGUCCUGUAUGUCUGCGACCCCUUGCAAGACCUUACAGAGUUCACUGAAGAAGAAAGAUCGAUCUCCAGGUGGUAAUGGAUGCUCUUCAGGUGGUGAACCGGGGCUGCUUCCUGUGAAUGUCCUAUCGCAAGAUUCUUCCAGGGUUAACAUGUUUCCCAUUGAGGGUAGAGGAACAAAUAUGGAGCAGAGACCAAGGUCCUGUCGCAUAGUACGUGGCAUGAUGCCUGCCCCAGUCCGUACUGUACAGGAGGACCCCUCCAAAAAGCGCCUAAGCAAACGAGGCUCAGGAUCCAACCUGACCCUGCAUGUAAUCGAAAGUGACGUUGACAGCGGCGCCUGCUUGAAGGGCUACACACGGCAGACAAGCAACUCAUGCGAAUGCAUUGCUGGGUCUGACUGGCUGCCUGCUACCGGCACCCGGGUGGACCACAUGGCAGAAGGCCCGUCUUCUCAGGACUACCCACAGAUGAAGCCCCCAGGCUACUAUCCUGCUGGCCGCUGCAGUCAGAAGCCGCAGGAUUUCCGAUGGUACCACGAGCCAGUCGAUGACCUCGGCAUUGAGAGGUUACCAGAACGAGCAAGAUGCCAGACCCCAAGUGGUCUGGAGACGAAGCACCCCCCGAAUCUGAAUGCCAACGUGCCUGAAAGGAGCAGGAAGGUGAAGUUUGCGCCAGAAUGCAUGAACAUUGAGCACAAGGCUAGAGACAGUGAUGCUCCGAGUAUUGAGGAUCGACAUGCCAGAAUGUCUUCAAUGCGUUCUGAAAAUCAGCUGGAGGAGCGGCUACAGUUAGCUGACAUUGAUGAUGAUGACUUCGAUGAAGUUGAUGAAAUUCCAACCAUUAGUUCGCUUCGUAAGCAUCACAUCGAUUCAAAACCCAUAGACCAGGCUCUUGCAGUACAGCUGAAAAACCUUCUGUUUGGCUCCAGUUUCUGCUGCUUUGCUGAGGAAUGGAAGAUACAGAGUUUCACUUUCAAUGAUCUACCUGAAUUAAAAUACGGAAUCGUUCAGAAGAAGGGUGGUCCAUGUGGGGUUUUGGCUGCCGUUCAAGCCUGUGUCUUGCAAAAGCUGAUCUUUGAAGACGUCGUCAGCAGCAGCACUGAAAGCAUCCUCCCUCUGCCCCACAGGGAGCUACGGCCCAGCAAUGGGCAGCGAUCACAGAGUCUCGCCUUGGCCAUCGCAGACAUACUGUGGCGUGCAGGUGAAAGGAGAAGAGCCGUGGUUGCACUGUCAACAGGAAGACAGCAGUUUAUCCCAACAGGAAAAUAUAAAGCUGAUGGGACUGUAGAAACGAUUAUAUUGAAUACACUGACCAACUUCAAAGAUCUGACCACUUUCCUUCAACAAAAUGUUGGCCAGUUUGAGAUUGGACCAUUUGGCUGCAUUCUUCUGACACUGUCUGCUAUUUUAUCCAGAUCCAUUGAAUUAGUAAAAUCUGACUUUGAUGUCCCCACCAGUACAUUGAUCGGAGCUCACGGCUACUGUACACAGGAGCUUGUAAAUCUGCUGUUGACUGGUAAAGCUGUCUCCAAUGUUUUCAACGAUGUUGUAGAGUUGGAUUCUGGCAAUGGCAACAUCACGGUCCUCAAAGGAAUUUCUGGGCGUAGUGACAUUGGACUGCUGUCACUCUUUGAGCACUAUAGCAUCUGUAAGGUUGGAUCCUUCUUGAAGACACCAAAGUUUCCUAUCUGGGUGGUGUGCAGCGAGAGCCACUUCAGCGUCUUGUUCUGCCUAAAGAAGGAGCUGCUGAGUGACUGGAAGUCUGAGAGGAGAUUCGACCUGUAUUACUACGAUGGCCUGGCAAAUCAGCAGGAUGAAAUUCGUCUGACAGUCGAUGCAUCAGAGGGAUGUCCAUUAGAAGGAGAGGAUGAUUUAAUUCCACCAUUGGAGCUGUGCAUCAGGACAAAGUGGAAAGGAGCGUUUGUAGAUUGGAAUGGAACAGAACCCAUCCUGUGACAUGGUGGACCACGAGCUCCAGAGUGAAUUUGGGAACCUGUGCCUCGCAAUUGAAAGGUGUAGGAACCACGCAGCAGCAACGCCUUUGCUUCUAUAAUGCCACAGAUGAUAUCAGGAGAGGCCUUCAACUUUCUCUGUCGUCGGGUGGCACAUAAUAACACCUCCAUCCAUUAAUUUCCCUCAUUUCCUCUGAUUGUGGACCAGGGUUGGGGGUGGGAGGUGGUGAUUGUAACCCUAAGGCGUACACCAGGGAAGGUUGCGAACUAGGCACCAGCCUGUCCCACGGAUAAGAUGCCAGAAUAUGAUGCACCUCAUGGUUAUGCAUCUUAAGUCAUUUAAAUGAUGUCCUGGGAUAGGAGGCCUUCCUGUUUGCCAUCAACUUAAGACUUGCAGUGAAAUGUGGGUGUGUUAAGAAUGAUCAGUAGAUUGAGUGGGGUCAUUGGGAAGAGUGAACCUCCUCUGGCAAUGCCUCAAGGUAUGAAGGUGAACACUGCACUAAUACCUUAAUCCAACUUUCUCUCCAGUGUCAUCUUGGACUUAACAAAUGCAACGUUAAAGUGUUGCAUGAGUCAAUUAACAUUUUUGAAAUUAGUGAAGUAGGAAUUUGGUCUGAAGCCAAAUUGUCCUGUUGGCAUUAUGUCUCCCCAGGUGUCUGAUUUGAUGGGAGACGAUAGAGUCACAGUUCCUUAAACCGAGUCAGCAAAAACCCUUUACCUGAUCAGCUACCAUAAUAGUGCUUUUGUGGCUGACUAUAGUAAUGCUUAGCUCAUUCAUUGACUGUUUAGAUCAUGAGCAGCACCUAUGAUUUCCAUCUGUUUGGGUGGGGUUCAUAGAUAGUAAUGUAAACCGUAAAGAAAAGCAGUCAAUACAGACCAGAUGUCCAACCCUAUUAAACUAGGCGAGUCUUUCUUGUCAUGCCUUCACUGCUCUGACUGGUGUGAGGGUUGGGGGAUGAUGUACACCUUCUCUUCUGUCGUGGUUCACAGGUACCUCUUGAGACUGAACGGACAAGGUGGCAGUGAAAGUUGGGGAAGGUGAUGGAAGUGUGGAUGGUGGUUGAGAUGGAGAAAGAUCUUGGUGACACAGAUCUGGAAUACCACAGUGAUGCUGCGGAAAUGGAGAGAGAAGAAACGCUUGUCCAGGUGUCACGUCAAGUGUGAGUGUCAGCUCCCGACGCACCAGUAUGGACUGGUGGUAACACCAUACUGAGCAGAGCCUGCUCAGUGCCACCUGCAUUAGACCCAUCCAGGUUCUUAAACAGUUGUUGGGCUUAUGGAUCCACCACAGGUAUUUGAAAAGCUACUUCUACUAAUGCAGUGUACCUGAAUGUGAACACAGUUUAGCUGUGAGAAGUUGAUCACUUAAAUUAGACCAUUUCCUCCAACGAGGACCAAUUUCUCACUUGUGGUCUUGUAGACAGCAGAGAAAGGGUAACAACAAAUCCCGUAAUUAACUAUGGACUUUGCUGACGAUGUAGCCAGAAGACCCUAACAUUAUUGUUUUCACGAAAGCUAGAGUACUUCCGAGAGUAAGGUAUAGUUAGUUUUGCAAAUUGUUCCCAUUUACUAGUCAAUUUUUUUGCUCUAUAUCCUUAGUGUCACUGCUUCAAGGAAGUGUCUUUCCCCACUUUAAGCAAACAGAGUGUACUGCUGGACACUAUAUAUUGUGGGAUUUAUUUUGCCUUGGUUAAGAACUUGCCAUUCAUGAUAUACAAGUGGAUGUAAAAGAUCCUAGGCACUUCUCGAAAAGUGGUGCCUCUUUAUAACUUGUCUUGGCCGGCAUUCAUUACCAUAAGACCAUAAGACAAAGGAGCACAUUUAGGCCAUUUGGCCCAUUGAGUCUGCUCUACUAUUUUAUUAUAGCUGAUUUAUUACCCCUGUCAAUCCCAUUCUUCUGCCUUCUCCCCACAACCUUUGAUACCCUGACUAAUCAAGAACCUAUCAACCUCAGAUUUAAAUAUACUUAUUGACUUGGCCUCCACAACUGUCUGCGGCAAUGAAUUCCACAGAUUCACCACCCUCUGGCUAAAGAAAUUCCUCCUCAUCUCUGUUCUAAUUGGACAUCCCUCUAUUCUGAUACUGUGCCUUCUGGUCUUAGACUUGUCCACUAUAAGAAACAUCCUCUCCAUGUCCACUCUAUCUAGGUUUUUUCAAUAUUCGUUAGGUUUCAAUGAGAUGCCCUUCAUUCUUUUAAACUCCAGCGAGUACAGGCCUACAGCCAUCAAAAGCUCCUCAAAGAGGUCUUUUGCACCAAUUUUCUUCCAAUUUAGAAAAUAAUCUAUGCCUCCGUUUCUUCUACCAAAGUGCAUGACUAUAUACACUUCCAUACCCUUAUUCCAUCUGCCACUUCUUUGCCCAUUCUCCCAAUCUGUUUAAGUCCUUCUGCAGACUCCCUGUUUCCUCAGCACUAUCUGCCAUUCCAUCUGUCUCUGUAGCACCUACAAGCUUGCCAUAAAGCCAUCAAUUCCAUGUGAAAGCAUGAAAAGAAGUGGUCUCAACACCUAUCCUUGGAACAGCACUUAGUCACUGACAGCCAACCAGAAAAGUCCCCUUUAUCCCCACUCUUUUUCUCCCAGCAGUCAGCCAAUUUUUUUUUAACCAUACUCAUAUCUUGUCUGUAAUAUCAUAGGCCCUGAUCUUGUUUAGCAGACUUAUGUGCGGCACUUUGUCAAAGACCUUCUGAAAAUCCAAAUAAACAACAUCCACUGACUGUCCUUUGUCUAUCCUGCUUGUUAUUUCCUCAAAAGAAUUCCAACAAAUUGGUCAGGCAAGAUUUUCCCUGAAGGAAACAUUGCUGACUUUGGCCUCCAUUAUCAUGUGCCUCCAAGUACCCUGAAACCUGAUACUUAACAAUCAACACCAAUAUCUUCCGAAUCACUGAGGUCAGGCUAACUGGCCUACAAUCUCCUUUCUUCUGUCUUUCUCCUUUCUUAAGAAGUGGAGUGACAUUUGCUGUUUUCCAGUCCUCAGGAACCUUCACGGACCAAUUUAGCCAAAACAAGUUAUUGUCUUUGUAUUAUUUAUAUUUGGACCCUUCCUGUGCAAAUGGGCUAUCUUUGAAAAAAAACAAAUGUUCAUGAGCCAGGACACAGUGGGAUAUCCUUGGCAGUGUGAAAUUCGUUAAGUGACACCAGCCUUGUUCUAAUUACUUCCUUUCCUAUGCUCGAGUAAGUCCAGCCUCUGCCAUAUUCCUCUCGGGGCCAACAGACAUCUCUGAGCUCCCAUCCCAAAUUCCACACAAUCCUUUGGGACAGACCUUGGUGCUGCCACUUUCUGGCAAGGAAACAAGGCUGCUCGAUGUAACUGAGGCAUGGUUGUGAGCAAGUCUGCCUUGUGUUUGUGCGCCAGCUACUUAAUUCCCUAUGUUUAGAUGUGAUCUCUUGUUAAAGAGCCCUUCAAACAUGACCCAUCUUUGACAGAAACAAUAGCAACUCUAUAAUCAGCUUAUACUUUCUGAAUUUGAUAUAUAUACCUGCAAAUGUUUGCAUAACAGGAAGCUUGUACUAAUUUUGGUAUUUAUUUUCUCUUAAGUGGUUACCAAGCAUUUAAGCUGCUGCCCAAGCAUAGGUCAAGUCUAGUGUAUGUUACACUGAGAGUGGCUAAUGUGUUUGGUAUGUCCCAUUGCUUUAGGUUGUUUGGAACAAUAGAUCUAAUGUAUUAUCUACACAGAUAAAUAUCUCUUUAGAUAUUUAUUUCUUCCUGGAGCCAGGCAGUGAGAAACUCUGCUCUGGCAUUAUAGUAAAAUAAUGCUGUGGAUUUCAAUCUUGUUUACAAGUCUAAAUGAACUUAACUUGAUUCAUUGGAAGCAUGUGCCACUUUACAUAUCAAUUAUGUAACAAGAACUGCAUAAAUUGAAAGAGCACAGGAGAUGAGGCACUUGACUAAUUCCUGUGCUGUUUGAUUAUGUUCCUUAUGAAACAAUCGCUGAGUGGAUGGAUCUAUGACCCAUUGAAUAUACUCAACAAUUUGUUUCUUUGUGACUCAGUCAUGCAGACAACACAUCGACUACUAAACUGUACCCUAAAUAACCUCCAUUUCCACUCCCAUGUCAAGUUUAAUUUGAUUUUCUCAUGGAUACUGUGUAAUAUUCAUUCAGUGAGAAUCAUUCAGUCAUUUUUGCAAAUCUGAAAAUGGCCCAGUUUCUGCACUGGGUCUGUGACAGACUCUGCAGAGUAAUCACAACUUGUUUGCCUCCCAGCUUGGCCUGCUCACUCUGGGCUGAAGUACUUAUUCAUGAGGAACUGAAUGCACGCACAGAGGGUGUAUUGAGCAGUAUAUAUGCAGCUUGGUUCAGCUGCUACAUACAAAGCACCAGUGGAAUCGAGUGGGCCGCAUCUAUGGAGGGAGAUGGACAGUCGAUGUUUUGGGUCGAGACACUGCAUCUGGACUAGUGAAGAAGUUUAAAUCUGCUCUUUGGGAUUUUAGUGAGACUCUCUCUCACUGCUCCCCCUCUGAUCUCUGCUGCUCGCUGGAUCUUCUCCUUCCCCUCCCCCUGACCUUAUUCUUCCCCCUUCCUUUCCAAUCUUGAUGAAAGGUCUCGGCUCAAAAUAUCAACUCAGUUCCUCUCCAUGCAUGCUGCCUGACCUGCUGAGUGAGUGUGGCUCCUGACACUGAGGUGAAAAGAGUAAAACUCAUCUGAAGCCACUUGCAAACUCUGUUGAGAUGUUAUUAGCAUUUUUCUUGGGUGGAGGUGACACAGCUGCUCCAGAAAAAAAUAGCAAUUUCCAUGGAUCUUUUGACGGUACCUUGGGUGAAUGCACAGCCUAAUUUCCACCCAUACUUCUACCUUCUGCUAAAUCUGGACGCAGAACAGGUGGAUCAGUGAGGAAACUCGGACUGGUAUCCUCUGAUCACCCAGGCACUCUCCUUACUGCUGUCUCUCAGGCCUUGAGGGCUGGAUUGGUAACAUAGCAGUCGCUUGACAAUAAAUAAUUGUUCAUGCCAUACUUGUGGGAAACGAGAUGAUUUCUAUAUAAAAAGAGAUUUGUCACUGACUAUUCUUCAGAAGUACAUAUUGCCUCCCAAAGUCGUGAACAGUAUUGAAGUAAAUUUCAUCAUAUCUUUUAAGUGUCUAUAACAAAGAAUACGAGCGAGAAGAAUGAGACUAAAUCAAUAGCUCUUUCAAAGCAACCUGACAAUGCAGCAGUGGCCUUCCCCUUUGUUGUCCGUUCUGCCAUUCAAAGGUAUUGGCAAAUGGCAGCCAGAAAGAUAUUGUUUAGAAGUACACACUCAGUGGCCACUUUAUUAGGUAUCUUCUGUACCUAUUGAAGUGACCACAAAGUGUAUGUUUGUGGUCUGCUGCAGCUUCUGCAUCCACUUAAUGUUCGAAAUGGCGAAGGGUUCUGGCCCGAAACGUUGACCGAUCUUUUCCACGGAUGCUGCCUGACCUGCUGAGUUCCUCCAGCGUGUUGUGAGCGUUGCUUUGACCCCAGCAUCUGCAGGGUAUUUUGUGUUUAACAUUGGAAAUGCUCUUCGCUUAGAGAUGGUCUUCUGCACAGCACUGUUGUGACAUGUGGUUAAUUGAGUUAUUGUCACCUUCCUGUCAGCUUCAACCAGUCUAGCCAUUCUCUUCACCUCUCUCAUUAACAAGGUGUUUUUACCCACAGAACUGCCACUCACUAGAUGUUUGUUGUUUUUCUCUGUAAACUCUAGGUGUUGUGUGUGAACAUUCCAGGAGAUCAGUUUCUGAGAUACUCAAACCAUCCGUCUGGCUCCAAUAAUUAUUCCAUCGUCAAAGUCACUUAGAUCACAUUUCUUCUCCAUUCUGAUGUUUGGGCUGAACAACAACCGAACCUCUUGACCAUGUCUGUUGGUCUUGUGCAUUGAGUUGCUGCCACAUGGUUGACUGACUAGAUACGCAAACACGAGGAAAUCUGCAGAUGCUGGAAU